AAUUAAACAGUAAUCGUCUCUGUCUGUAACGUAAACCUCUCGCACGUCCGACUAGAGCAACACGGCUUAAAAUUUUCGCCGCAAAAAUAAGACGUAAAAAAAAUCUCUGACGAGCUUGUGAUGUGACGGUGCUAGUGCGAAAAUUAACUAAAUCGACGUCUCCAACCGGAAGGUUUCGAUAGUUGAACAUUUGUAUUGCAUUAUCUGCACGACGAUAUGAUCAAAAAGGAGAAACAAAUGUUGUCCGUGACUGCUAUUAUCGAGGGAACUCAGGCGCACAAUUGGAGAUCUCUGGCUGAAAUGGGGCCCCAAAGGCUCUGUCUAGGCUUGCCGCUGGAUCAGGCAAUGUCGCUCAGUUCGCUCAGUCCGCAGUCUCCCUUAGAUAUGAAGCCAGACGCAAAUAGUUUGGGUCAGUUCAGUCCUCAGGGACCAAACAGCCCUGGAUCAUUCUCGUUAGGAAGUGCGAGUAUGAUGAGUCCCACGGGAAACCAAAAAGUUGGUUCACCCUAUCCUCCCAAUCAUCCGCUGAGUGGCUCCAAACAUUUGUGCUCCAUCUGCGGAGACAGGGCUAGUGGGAAGCACUACGGAGUGUACAGCUGUGAGGGGUGCAAAGGAUUUUUCAAAAGGACUGUGAGAAAGGACCUCACAUACGCGUGUCGAGAAGAGAAAAACUGUAUUAUUGAUAAAAGACAAAGAAACAGGUGUCAAUAUUGUAGAUAUCAAAAAUGUCUGCUAAUGGGUAUGAAGAGAGAAGCAGUGCAAGAAGAAAGGCAACGAACAAAAGAAAAAGAGAAGGAAAGAGAAAGAGAGGUGGUGGUUGAAGAAGUAGACACCACUUACCUUCAUUUGCAGGCUGACAUGACUCUGGAAAGAUUAUUGGAAGCAGAAAAGAGGGUGGAAAACACUGAAAUACCAGAUCCUGCUGAGAAUUCAGUGACAAAUCUCAUGCAGGCAACAAAUGCACAGCUAUAUCAGUUGAUAGAGUGGGUUAAACUGAUACCACAUUUUAUUACCCUUCCUGCAUGUGAUCAAGUACUACUUCUGAGAUAUGGAUGGAAUGAACUGCUUAUAGCUACUUUUGCCUUCAAGUCCCUGCAACUACAAGACGGUUUUGUGCUUGCAAACGGUUUAACAAUAAAUGAGCACUCUGCAACUUCUAUAGGAUUAGGACCUAUAUAUGAUAGAGUACACUUAGAAAUCAUUCAUAAGUUGAGAGAAAUGAAGGUUGACCGAGCUGAACUGGCAUGUUUGAAAGCGAUCAUAUUGCUUAAUCAUGAUGUACGUGGUCUGCAGGCAAUUCCAGAGGUGACAGUGCUUCGAGAAAAAGUUUACAGUAUUUUAGAAGAAUAUAAUAAAGCUACACAUCCAAGUGAGCCAGGAAGAUUUUCCAAACUCCUCUUACGCUUGCCCUCUCUAAGGUCAAUUGGCUUGAAAUGCCAACAAAAUCCUUUAUUCUUUUUCAAACCAAAGUUGGAUGAAAAAGACGAUCCCCUUCUACGAUUCUUGAAUGAACUCUUCGAGGUUCCUGUGGAAACUAUAGCCUAAAAGUAAAGAUCAAUCAAAUUUUGCGAUGUUGUAUAUUUGUUACCUUCAAAUUUAAAGAUGAUAGAGAGGAGAAUAUCUGAAGUGAAUCUAUGCAAAAGUCGUUACUACUCUGUUCUUACUUCUUGAUGUUUUGUUGGAAAGAUUUUGUACAGGCUUAAACAUUGACAGAAAACCUCAAUCAGCUUAACUGUGAUAAAUCAUCAGUUGAUUUCAACGAAAAAGAUAUAUUUGUGGAAAAGUUGAAUUUAAUCUGUGUGGACUGAGCUGAAUUUUAUGAUAAAAGUGAGUACCUGAUGUUGUUCUAGGAACAGGAGGUGUACAGAUAUGCAAUAUUUUCAAUUGAUGAGUAGUCCUUCGCGUUGAAAGAUUUUCUUCAUAAAAUGGUUGAACUGCAUGGCCAGUAGUGGUCAUAGAACAAAAAUCCUAUUUGAUUACUGUCCCAUAAAUAUGCAGUUACACUUGAAAAGUUUGCCGAUAUAGCAAUUUUUAGAUUUUCUCAAAUGGGUUUAAUUCAAGGUCACGAAUUUUUUACCCCUCAUUAGAAGACUAUACUGCUCUUUGCAGUACUUGAUUUCUAUAAUUUUGACAGUGUGUGGUCAUAGUAAA